ACACAAGAAUACAUUUUAUAUGCAGCGCUAUACAAAGCAUUUCUCGGGCUACAGUAAAGUUUUAUCUCUGUAGUUCCUCCUUCAGUUCAGUAAACUCAGAGGUAUCGCCUUCCUUUUCCGUUUGCUCGGCUUACCUACUUUACUUUCUGUUUUAACAUGUCUGAUCUUAGUAAAAUGGCGGCUAAAUCCAGUGUUUCUUUCGCUCAGGAUCAGUUCAACUGUUCAAUCUGCCUGGAUCUAUUGAAGGAUCCAGUGGCCAUUCCCUGUGGACACAGUUACUGUAUGAGCUGUAUUUCAGGCUGCUGGGAUCAGGAUGGGCAGAGGGGAGUCUACAGCUGCCCUCAGUGCAGACAGACCUUCACCCCAAGACCUUCUUUAGGGAAAAACACCAUACUGGCUGAAGUGGUGGAAAAUAUCAGGAAGAGAAAACUAUCUAGAGAUGUGGAGUGUGAUGUCUGUAUUGGGAAAGCUGUUAAAUCUUGUCUAGUGUGUCUGGAAUCUUACUGCCAGGCUCACUUUGAACAACACGAGGAAAUUCACUCUAGAAAGCGACACAAAGUGACUGAUGCCACUGGACGACUGCAGGAGACGAUGAUCUGCCCUCAACAUGACAGACUGCUAGAAAUGUACUGCAGAACUGACCAGCGCUGUAUUUGCAUGCUGUGCUUGAUGAAUGAACACAAAACCCAUGAAACUGUAUUACCAGCUGAAGAAAAAGCACAGAAGCAGAAACAUUUUAACAAGAUACUCCAGCAGAGAAUCCAGGAGAAACAGAAGGAGUGUGAGGAGCUGAGAGCGGCUGUAAAGUCUCACAAGCGCUCUGCACAGACAGCAGUGGAGGACACUGAGAGGAUCUUUACUGAGCUCAUCCGAUCCAUUGAGAGAAGCCGCUCUGAGGUGACACAGCUGAUCAGAGAUCAGGAAAAGGCUGCAGUGAGUGGAGCUAAAGGACGACUGGAGCAACUGGAGCAGGCGAUAACCGAUCUGAGGAGGAGAAGUGCUGAGCUGGAGCAGCUUUCACACACGGACAAUGACAUCCAUUUCCUCCAGAGUUUCCAGUCUCUCUCUGUUCCUCCUGGAUCUACAGACUCAUCCAGCAUCAGUUCUCGUCUCUCUUUUGAUAAAUUUAAAAUGUUUGUUUCUCGGGUGAAAGAAAAGCUGCAGAACUCUUUGAAGGAAGAGAAAGAAAACAUAUUGCGCAUAGUGAGAAACAUCAGUGUGAUUUCCACCCCUGAAUACGAGAGAAGGAAAAAGUUUCUACAGUAUUACCAGCAGCUGACACUGGACUCCAACACAGCUUAUAAAUCCCUGAGGCUGUCUGAGGGGAACAGAGUGGUGACUAGAAUGAAGAAAACUCCUGAUCAUCCAGACAGAUUUGAUGGUUUUGCUCAGCUGCUGUGUAAAGAGAGUGUGCGUGGACGCUGUUACUGGGAGGUGGAGCGGAGUGGCAAAGGAAUGUAUGUAUCAGUGGCUUAUAAGAGCAUCAGAAGGAAGGGACAGGGAAGUGAGUGCAAGUUUGGAUGUAAUGAUGAGUCCUGGAGUUUGUACUGCUCUGACACUAAAUGUUUAUUUAGGUACAAUAAUAUAGAGUCUAUACUGCCAGUAGUGUCCAGCUCAUCUAAAAUAGGAGUGUAUGUGGAUCACAAUGCAGGAACCCUGUCCUUCUACAGAGUCUCUGACACAAUGAGCCUCAUUCACAGAGUCCACACCACAUUCACUAAGCCGCUCUACCCUGGGUUUGGCGUUUCCAACGAGUCACAAGUAAAAUUGUGUGAUCAAGCAUGACAGACUUUUACAAAUUCCGUGCUUUUUCAUUAGAGCUGGUUGGUUACAGUUUUUUUGAAUGCUUUGACCUGGUUAAAGAAACUAAACAGAGCAGAAGGCACAUUCUCACUAUUUCUCAUUGGAUUGGCUCAGUUUCCCCAUCUUUUUGCAAUGCUGUUAACACAGAUGUCAGUCAAGCAGUCCAAACUCCAUUGUUUUAGCUACGAUAAACAAAUACAAACCAUCUAACUAUUAAAAAAUAAGAUUCUUUUUGACUAGGAUAAUCUCCCUUCUUCCUAUAGAUUAAUUUAGACAUUAGUAUUUUCAAGACUAGUUUAUUUUCUUGAAAAUUUUAUCAUUUUGGUUUCAAUUUAAAUGUUUAUUAAUUAUUUGUAUAUGAAACUGUGUGUACUUUUUGAGUAUAUGUAAGCCUUUGGUGUCUCCAGAAUGUGUCUGUAAAUUUCCAGCUCAAAAUACCCAUUAGAUUAUUUACUAUAGCCUCCAGAAUAGGCCCAUUUUGGUGUCUGACUGCCGAAGGGGUGCCCAAACUCAGACCUGGAGGGCCCUUGUCCUACAUAUUUUAGUUCCAACCCCAAUUAAACACACCUGAACCAGCUAAUUAAGCUCUUUCUGGGUAUAUUGAACUUCCAGGAAGGUGUGUUGAGGCAAGUUGGAGUUAAACUAUGCAGGACACCGGCCCUCCAGGACCAAGUUUGGACAUCCCUGGACUACAGUAUAGCUGUUUUUGUAGCCUGUGGCUUUAAAUGAAAAUGAGCUGCUUCUGCCCGCCCACCGUUCCCAAAUGCGUGUCUGUUUCUGUUUCUGUUUUCUGUCAGUCAAUUCGGUGAGCGGGGAAACUGCACUCCUACGUCAUGUUGCAGUGGGCCUCUUAAUCACUCUGAUUUGGGUCCUAUUUUAACAUCCAAAUUUUUCCGAAUUUUUAAAAAGAGACUUGUGUUUAUUUCACUCCAAUAUGAGAUUGGGACUGUCCAAACAGUGUACAAAUUCAACUACCAAAGUCAGUAUGAAAUCAUCAAAGCACCUGUUUGACACUCUUUUUCAGUCUGCAGGCCUUAUUAAAAGGUGACAAGUUAUUGUUGUUUUUUUGCCAGCAUGUGUGGAGGAGGUGAAGAGUGGCUUUGUCUUAUAUGCCAAUAUAUUUUACUGUAUUUUGGUUUAAAUAUACUGUAUUUUAUGUAUUAUUUACAGCAUUUCAUUUUUCAGCCACAGUUUGAAAAAACUAAAUCUAUGGAUUCAAUAAAAAUUGCAUCAAAGCAUUUCUUAUUCUGGACCCACUUCUUGGCAAAAAGGCAAAUUUGAGAUGGCCAAUAUAGAAAUACAACAAAUGGCAAUAGGCAACAAUGACAAGCAAUGGUGCGCUGAUUUGUGCUAUGUUUUAUAUUUUGUUGCCCAUUGUUUAAUGAUUGAAAAAGCUCAUAUACUUGUUUGCAAGUUGUGUUGUUUUUGAAGGCAACGUUUGCUUUUGUUGCAUUUUUAAAAGUUUUGGCAAGGUUACCUCUUUUGCAAACACAAUGUGCCAAUGCUUGGGCAUGUGUCUUAACUGUUUUAAAAAUGUGGAGGUUCAGCUGACGGCUGCAUCAAAGCAAUCAAGAAAAACUUUAAUUGUUAAGAUCUUGCAACAUUUCAGAAUUGCAAACUUGUUCCAGAAUUACAACAGUUUACAUGUCUAUUAAACAUUUGACAAUUAUGAUCACAAUGUACAUUCAGAUCUGCUUUUGACUCGAUCAUCAUGUAUAGUAUAAAACUGCUCGAGUCCUUUAAAAAUAACACUAUAAUUAUUUCUGUUACAAGUAUUAAACUAUCACAGAAGUUCUUAGAUAACAGUUGAUAGUUGGAUAUAAACACUGAUAUAUCGGUGUAUGCAAGUGUCAAGUUUCACAUUGCACAGUUUCUCUGGUAGAUAUAUGUACCAUUUGAUAGAUAUAUUUUACCAAUAUUAGUGUAAUGUUAAUGAUAUUUGUUGUGGGAUAUUUCUAUUGUUUGUUUGCUUUCGGUAGGUUGAUGAGAUCUGUUGUUGUUGUUGUUGUUGUUUUUUGUGCUUUUUUCUGUAAAUUUGCCAUCCAGUAGUUCUAUAUUCAUUUAGGCUC